GCCAUCUACGCCUCUCUCUCUCUCUCUCUCUCUCUCUCUCUCUCUCGUGUUUGUCUGUUUUUCUCGGAGUUGAGGAACUGUGGAAAUCGCUAAUGGCGGGAAACGACUGGAUCAACAGUUACCUGGAAGCGAUCCUUGACGUUGGCCCGGCGAUCGACAACACCAAGUCAUCGUCCCUGCUGCUGAGGGAGAGAGGCAGGUUCAGCCCCACCCGCUACUUCGUAGAAGAGGUCAUCACUGGGUUCGAUGAAACUGAUCUCCACCGCUCAUGGGUCAAGGCGGCAGCGACGAGGAGUCCUCAGGAGAGGAAUACUAGAUUGGAGAAUAUGUGUUGGAGGAUAUGGAAUUUGGCUCGCAAGAAGAAACAGAUAGAGGGAGAGGAAGCCCAGCGCGUGGCUAAACGUCGUCUUGAACGUGAAAGAGGCCGCAGAGAUGCAACUGCUGAUAUGUCAGAAGACCUGUCAGAAGGAGAGAAGGGGGAUGUUGUCAGUGACAUUUCAGCUCAUGGUGAUGGCACUAGAAGCAGAAUGCCUAGAAUCAGUUCUGUUGAUGCAAUUGAGGCUUGGACUAAUCAACACAAGGACAAAAAACUGUAUUUAGUGCUCAUAAGCAUUCAUGGCCUGAUACGGGGUGAAAACAUGGAGCUUGGCCGCGAUUCUGACACUGGUGGUCAGGUUAAGUAUGUUGUAGAACUUGCAAGGGCAUUAGGUGCAAUGCCAGGAGUUUAUCGGGUUGACUUGUUGACCAGGCAAAUAUCAGCACCAGAGGUAGAUUGGAGUUAUGGUGAACCACAAGAGAUGUUGACUCCUAGAAGCUCUGAAAAUUUCAUGCUUGAGACAGGAGAGAGCAGUGGUGCUUAUAUAGUUCGUAUACCAUUUGGACCCAAAGAUAAAUACAUCCCGAAGGAACUCCUUUGGCCUCAUAUUCCUGAAUUUGUUGAUGGUGCACUCAACCAUAUCAUACAAAUGUCUAAAGUUCUAGGGGAACAAAUUGGUGGGGGGCAACGAGUUUGGCCUGUUGCCAUCCACGGACAUUAUGCAGAUGCAGGUGACUGUGCCGCCCUACUGUCUGGGGCUUUAAAUGUUCCAAUGAUUUUCACUGGCCAUUCUCUGGGUAGGGACAAGUUAGAUCAGCUUCUAAAGCAAGGGCGCCAAUCAAGGGAAGAAAUCAAUGCGACAUACAAAAUAAUGCGUAGGAUAGAUGCUGAAGAGCUGUCACUUGAUUCCUCUGAAAUAAUCAUCACAAGUACUCGACAGGAGAUAGAGCAGCAAUGGCAUCUAUAUGAUGGUUUUGAUUUGGUACUUGAGCGCAAACUACGGGCAAGAAUCAAGCGCAAUGUCAGCUGUUACGGUCGGUUCAUGCCUCGCAUGGUUGUGAUUCCUCCAGGAAUGGAGUUCAAUAAUAUUGUUGUACAUGACUCUGACAUAGAUGGUGAGCCAGAAGGAAACGAAGAUAAUUCAGCUCAUCCAGAUCCACCUAUUUGGUCUGAGAUAAUGCGAUUUUUUACCAACCCUCGCAAGCCUAUGAUUCUUGCCCUUGCUCGUCCAGACCCAAAAAAGAAUAUUACUACUCUAGUCAAAGCUUUUGGAGAAUGUCGCCCAUUAAGGGAGCUUGCUAACCUUACAUUAAUAAUGGGUAAUCGUGAGGGUAUUGAUGAAAUGUCAAGCACGAAUGCAUCUGUUCUUACUACAAUACUCAAACUAAUUGACAAAUACGAUCUAUAUGGUCAAGUGGCAUAUCCUAAGCACCAUAAGCAGUCUGAUGUUCCUGAUAUUUAUCGUCUGGCAGCAAAGACAAAGGGUGUUUUCAUUAAUCCAGCUUUCAUUGAACCAUUUGGCCUCACUUUGAUAGAGGCUGCAGCUUAUGGAUUGCCUAUUGUUGCCACUAAAAAUGGAGGUCCUGUUGAUAUACAUCGGGUUCUUGAAAAUGGUCUCCUUGUUGAUCCCCAUGAUCAGCAGGCUAUUGCUGAUGCUCUUCUGAAGCUUGUUGCCGAUAAACAGCUCUGGGCUAGAUGCAGGCAAAACGGGUUGAAGAAUAUUCACCUUUUCUCAUGGCCAGAACAUUGUAAGACUUACUUAUCUCGGAUUGCCAGUUGCAGACCUCGGCAUCCUCAAUGGCGAAGAAGUGAUGAUGCAUAUGAAAAUUCAGAAUCGGAUUCACCAGGUGAUUCUUUGAGGGAUAUUCAAGAUAUAUCUUUGAACUUGAAGCUUUCGUUGGAUGGUGAGAAGGGUGAAGAAAGUGCUGCCCCCGAUAGUGCUUUAGAUUCUGAAGAAAGCACAGUUGAUGGCAAGAGUAAGUUAGAGAGUGCUGUUCUGAAAUUUUCGAAGGGUGUUUUGAAGACCACCAAAAGGACUCUUUCCAGUGACAGAGCUGAACAGGGAGGCAGCACUAGCAAGUUCCCAAUGUUGAGAAGGAGGAAGCAUAUAUUUGUCAUUGCAUUGGACACUGAUUCCAAUACAGAUCUUCUUGAAUUUAUUCAAAAGAUAUUUGAUGCUGCACAUAUGGCUAUGACUUCAGGCUUCAUAGGAUUUAUAUUGUCAACCUCUCUGACAAUAUCCGAGAUACACUCUCUUCUAGUCUCUGGUGGCAUGAAUGCUACCGAUUUUGAUGCCUUUAUAUGCAAUAGUGGUAGCGAUCUCUAUUAUCCAUCUUCAAACUCUUCUGAGGACAUGCCAAGCGCCACUGAAUUGCCCUUUGUAAUUGAUUUAGAUUAUCACUCACAAAUUGAAUACCGUUGGGGUGGAGAGGGCUUGAGGAAGACGUUGGUUCGUUGGACUGAUUCGGUUGUUGAUAAGAAAGGAGAAAAUGAAGAACGCAUUGUUACUGAAGAUGAACAACGGUCAACCACCUAUUGCUAUGCAUUUAACGUGAACAACCCAACAAGGAUUCCUUCUGUUAAGGAGCUUCGAAAGAUGAUGAGAAUUCAAGGUCUUCGCUGUCAUGUGGUAUAUAGCCAUGAUGGCACCAAGUUGCAUGUCAUUCCUGUACUGGCUUCUCGAUCGCAAGCCCUCAGGUAUUUACAUGUUCGGUGGGGCACAGAUUUGUCCAGUAUGGUCGUCUUCGUAGGUGAAAAUGGCGAUACAGACUAUGAAGGAUUGCUCGGUGGGGUCCAUAAAACCGUAAUACUGAGGGGAGCUUGCAAGGCCACCCAAAGUCUUCAUCUUGCUAACAGAGGCUAUCCUCUAGAAGACGUGGUUCCAUUUGACAGCCCCAACAUUGUCCAAACCUCAGAAGGAUGCAACAGCAAUGAUAUCCAGUUGGCUUUGGGAAAACUAGGCAUCAUGAAGGCCUAGUUGAGCCUCUCCUUUACAGGCUACUAUUUUGUUUUCCCCCCUUCCGUUUGUGAAAUAAAUCUUACUCAGUGUUGUUCUGUUUUGGUAAGGCUUUGCUCCCACGCUCCUGAUUUCCAUCUACAGACCUUGCUUUCUGAAGUGGUUUUUGUUCAUAAACUAUCCCAAUCAGUGCCCUCUUGAUUUUGCAUAUCCAUUCCCUAAAACCCUUCUCCUUUCCACUUCUAAGACCUCUAAAGCCAAUACCACAUUACUUCAUAGUACUCUCUUUCCUUGCAACAUGUUUCUCAUUCAUGCCAGAGUGCCUUUUAUUUCCAGUCAGCCUCCAAAGGUUUCUCCAGCCUUUCGUUGCUCUCUGGUUAGAUCUCUCUCUCUCUCUCUCUCUCUCUCUCUAGCUGAAAAAGUCCAAUUGAACACAGUUGCGUUCAGCUGUGAAGCACAGGUAAAGAAGUGGAAGUCCACACGGCCUCCCUCAAGUGCCAUCACAAGCGACACCGGCAUUUGAAGUAGAUGGAAACUGAUAGUAUGUAAUUUUUUUUUUCCCGUGAGCUAGUCAGGAAUGUGGAAAGAUGAAAUUUGAAGGCCUUGUUUAAAUAAAUGUAAAGAAGAGGGAAUUAAGCCA